UCCAGUAAAUCUUUUGCAUUAUUUAAUCGCUGUGUUCCACAAAAUCCUGAAUGCUAUUCCAAAUAUGCAUCUGUCUUAAUAAGCAUGGUUAAUGAAAUGGAUGUUUUUCACCGAAUUCUGAGUGGAAUAUUGGCAGGAAAAGAUACUGUGAUAGGACUCGGUGUCCUUGCACUAGCCUUCUCUUUAAUCCUAGUUUUAGCCUUCAGAUUCAUUCGGACGGUUCUGGUUCAUACUUUGAUCGCACUGGUUGUAUUUGGGAUGUUCUUUGUCUCAGGUGUGCUCUGGUGGCUCUAUUAUGACUACAGGAAUGAUCCCAGCACUGAAUUGGAAACAGAAAAGGAAAAUGUGAAGUUUCUACUUGGAUAUGCUAUCUUCUCAACAACAGUUACCGUUGUUUUGCUUUCUCUCAUACUUGUACUAAGAAAGAGGCUUCAGUUCACUGUACAACUCUUUCGAAUUGUUGGUAAAAUCAUUGGCAGAAUUCCCUUCCUCCUGUUCCAACCACUCUGGACCUUUAUGAUUCUCGUUGUGUUCUGGGUAUUUUGGGUUGCUGUACUACUCAGCCUAGGAACUGCAGGUACUGCACAGGCUACUUCAGGAGGACAAGUGGAAUACAGAGCUCUGUCUGGAAUUUGCUACAUGGCAUGGUAUCUUUUCGUUGGCCUGAUCUGGACUAGUGAAUUCGUUCUUGCCUGUCAGCAAAUGACGAUUGCUGGGGCAGUGGUUACUUGUUACUUCAACAGGAACAAGGAUAACCCACCACCUCACCCAGUCCUGUCUUCCAUAUCAGUUCUUUUUUGCUAUCAUCUAGGAACUGCUGUAAAAGGCUCAUUUCUGAUCACAAUAUUGAGAAUACCAAGGAUACUUCUCUUGUACCUUUAUAAUAUCCUAAAACAAAAGGAGAGUGCAUGUGCAAAGUGCUUGUUCAAGUGCUGUUUCUGCUGGUUUUGGUGUCAGGAAAGUUGCUUAAGAUACUUUAACCAGCAUGCAUACACAACUACAGCUAUAAACGGGACCAAUUUUUGUACAUCAGCAAAGGAUGCUGUCUUUGUUUUGGCAAGGAACUCUGCUAAACUUGCAUCCAUUAGCUGUUUUGGAGAUUUUAUCCUCUUUCUAGGAAAGGUGUUUGUUGUAUGUUUUACUGUUUUUGGAGGAUUGAUGGCAUUUAACUACCAUCGGGAGUUGCAAGCAUGGGUAGUUCCUCUGUUGCUGGUUGGAUUUCUUGCCUACCUGAUGUCCCACAGCUUUCUGUCUGUGUUUGAAGUGACAGCAGAUGCCAUCUUCCUUUGCUUUGCUAUUGAUAUGGAAACAAAUGAUGGAUCUGCAGAAAGGCCGUACUUUGUGGAUCAGGAACUGCUGACCUUUGUGAGUCAGAGUAACAAGUUAACAGAAGGGCAAAAGCACAGAAGCGUAAGACCUUUCCAGGAUAAUGAAGAUGGGACAGAGCUCCAACCUAUGACUUGA